AUGUCGGCGGCUUUGUGUUCGCGGGCGUUCCGUCCGGCUGCUGCUCUGCGGAUAAUUGCCCGACAGCAGCAGCAGCAACAGCAGCAUCUGUCACAACUAUCCACCCGACUCUUCUCCUCCUCGAAACCAUCCUCUACUAGUUCGCUCCUGUCCUCCAACAAGACGCGAUUCACUCCUAUCCUCCGUCCUACUACUACUACUACUACUACUACGACGGUCCUUUCCGUGACGAGCUCAUUUUUUGCAAUUGCAACCCGCCAAUUCUCGAGCACGCCGCGUGCCCAGGCUACCUACAACCAGGUCCGACGCGGAUGCCGCAAGCCGCAGAAGGCUCGUCGACGUCGCUCUCCGGCGCUGCACAACCGGCCCGAGAUGAAGGGCGUCUGUCUCAAGACCGGUAUCACGAAGCCGAAGAAGCCCAACUCGGGAGAGCGUAAGACCGCUAGGGUGCGGUUGAGCAGUGGCAGAGUGGUGACGGCUUAUAUUCCCGGUGAAGGCCACAACGUCCAGCAGCACAGUGUCGUUCUUGUCCGCGGUGGCAGAUGUCAGGAUUGUCCCGGUGUCAAGUACCAUCUUGUCCGAGGCGCAUUGGACCUGGGUGGUGUUGCGAACCGGUUGACCAGCCGGUCCAAGUACGGAACGAAGAAGCCCAAGCAGGAUUAA